UUUAUAUUGGGGCUGUGUAUAAUGUCAGCGAAAAAAGUGUCGUGGGGAAAUCAAAUCGCCUUAGUAAGGUGUGAACACCGAGUUUAAAAAAAAAGAACCACGAUGGUUGCAUAAUCCAGCUUUACGACCUUUUAACUUCUCUUUUGUUACAUACCCUGCACAAAAUGCAAUUACCUUCAACUCAAUUCUUGUUACUGUCCAUUCCAGAGCCUCAUGUGCUCCUCAUCACAAUCAACCGUCCUAAACAGUUCAACGCUUUGAAUCCCGAAGCCAACUUUGAAAUGUCCAAAGUGCUUGACUGGGCAGAGGAUACUGACGAUAUCUGGUGCAUCAUUAUUACAGGUACGGGCGGCAAAGCUUUCUGUGCAGGCAUGGAUCUUGUCAACUGGAACAAGGACCGAAGCAGCGGUAACAACAAUCAAGGCAGUGGUGAAACUAUGCCUCCUACAGGCUUUGGUGGUUUGAGCAACCGUGGAUUGGCUCGAAAGCCUGUCAUUGCUGCUGUAGACGGCUAUGCACUUGGUGGAGGCACUGAGAUGGUGCUGGCAUGCAACAUCGUUGUUGCUACCAAAAAGUCUAAAUUCGGUUUGCCUGAAGUGAAGCGAGGUGUGACAAUUGCUGCAGGUGGUUUGGCACGACUGGCACGUGCUGUCAGCUAUCAGGUUGUGAGCGAAAUUGCCUUGACAGGUCGUCACAUUACUGCCGAUGAAUUCAAGAAGUACGAUCUCUGUAACGAAGUCGUCGAAGACGGUACUGACAUUGUCCAAGCUGCACUUGGUUGGGCCAGAAAGAUCGUUUCAAACUCGCCAGAUGCUGUGUUUAUCACAAAGUUCGGUAUCAUGUUGGCAAUGGAACGUGCAUCGAUGGAGCAAUCUACGAACGAAUGGAUGGCUUCGGAGGAAGCUGUUGCUUGGCGCAAUGGUGAGAAUCUAGCUGAAGGUCUGGCUGCAUUUGCGUCGAAACGAGCUCCCAACUGGAAAAAUCCAGCUCCUCUUACAAAGAAGAGCAAGUUGUAAAUACCAAAUACAAAAUAAU